AUGAACCGUACUGAGGAUCUAGGCAUUGGUCUUGCGAUAGCACAACGUCUUCUCAAUGAAGGCUGUUCCGUGAUGAUUGCAGACCUGGCUCUCCGCCCAGAAGCCGAGGCGACUACUGCAAAGUAUCCCCACCCCUCCUCCCAUGACGGAAGCCCAUCUGCGACAUUCCACAAGACCGACGUCACAAACUGGUUCCCUUGGGAGGCAACUGUCAAGUCUUUCGGCCGCGUCGACAUUGUCGUCAACAACGCCGCGGCUAAAGACCAGGUCGAUGCAGCGGUCGGUUCAUACCACACCUUUAACGUUAACACAAUAGGCCCAAUCCGUCUCGCUCAGAUCGCCAUUGACUACUGGCUGCAGAACCAUGAGAUUAAGGGGAACCUGCUCUGGGUCUCCAGUAUGGGCGCCUACAUCCACUCAAUCCAGACACCUUUUUAUUUCGCGAGCAAGGCCGCUAUUCUCAGUGUUGUGAAGUCCCUCCAGGGUUUGAAGCAGUUGGUGGGCAUCAGGAACUCCGUUAUAUGUCCUGGUCCCACAAGAAUACGUGACUACCGUCCUCAAUAUGACAACGGAAACGCCCUUGAAAUCAUGAUGGUUGGCAGCAAAGAAGCGCCAGUGAUCCACCAGAAGGAGGUUCAGCUAGAGGCUCUGUACCCCACUGCCAGUUCCAUGGGUGCGGGAACCAAAGCGAUAGACUUUAUGAAGAUGAUUGCCGAGAAGGGGAUGCGAUCUACUUGCUAG